AUGGCAUUCUAUAUUCUAUAUUCGCAUUUAGUUGUACAGUGUCCCGAGCUGAUCAAACCAACAAACGGUACCGUGAGCGGAUCCAACUUCUUUGAGGACGUACUCACCUUCACGUGUCACACGGGAUACAGCCUUGUAGGUGCAUCCCAGCUCACCUGCCGGGCUGAUGGCACCUGGAGUGGAACCCCACCGACAUGCACACUAAUACAAUGCCCGGCAAUGUCGCAUCCAUUAAAUGGUAUGUACUCACCAGCGAGUGGUUCCAAUCUCUACGAAGAUGUCCUGAGCUUCAACUGUGACACAGGAUAUUAUAUUGUAGGAGCGACAACAAUCAUGUGUGAGGUCGACGGCAAGUGGAGUAACAGUCCUCCCAGCUGCGCAGCCGUGCAGUGCCCGCUGCCGCCAGCCCCAGCCAAUGGGGCAAGGAUUGGAUCAAACUUUUACCAGGACGUUGUGACGCUCACAUGCAAUGCUGGAUACGAUCUUGUUGGAAGUUCAAGUGUGACCUGCCAAGCUGACGCCACAUGGAAUGAAGUCUUCCCAAGCUGUACUCCCGUGCAGUGCCCAACGUUGACACCUCCUGUCGAUGGAAGCGUGAGUGGCUCCAAUUUCUACCAAGACGUGUUGACGUUCACAUGCGCUCCUGGAUACGAGCUUGAUGGAAGCGUCACUUCGACCUGCCAAGCUGACACCACAUGGAGCGGAAGCACCCCAACCUGUACUCUUGUGCAGUGCCCCUUGUUGCCGGCUCCUUUAAAUGGUGAUUCGAGCGGCUCCAACUUCUACCAGGACGUGGUUCAGUUCACAUGUGACUCAGGAUAUGAUCUGGUCGGAGAUUCCAGUUCUACCUGCCAGGCAGACCGAACAUGGAGCAGUAACACCCCGUCAUGCAAUGCCAUACAGUGCCCUAUACUGACAGCACCCGUAAAUGGUGCAAUGACUGGAGACAGAAUUUACCAGGAUGUGGUACAGUUCACGUGCAAUCCUGGGUACGACCUUGUUGGAACUUCCAGCGUGACUUGCCAAGCUGACUCCACGUGGAAUGGGAUCGUCCCGACCUGUACUCGUGUGCAAUGCCCGGUAUUGCCGUCUCCUGUAAACGGUGACUCGGGCGGCUCCAGCUUCUACCAGGACGUGGUGACAUUCACGUGUAACUCAGGAUAUGAUCUGGCAGGAGAGUCCAGUUCUACUUGUCAGGCAGACCGGACAUGGAGCAGUAACGUCCCCUCGUGCAACGACAUUGACGAAUGUUCAACUGCAAAUGGUGGCUGUGACCAUGUAUGUACCAACACACUGGGCAGCUUCCAGUGUUCCUGUGUGACAGGUUUCAUCCUGAACGUGGAUGGCCUUUCCUGUGAUGACAUUGAUGAAUGUACUGUUGGAAAUGGUGGCUGUCAGCAGAACUGUAGCAACAUUAUCGGUAGCUUCUGGUGUUCCUGUGGGACCGGUUACACCUUACAUACUGAUGGUCUUACUUGUGAAGACGUGGACGAAUGCCAUGCUGCCAGCGGCGGAUGUGAGCAGAUGUGCACCAACACUGUCGGCAGUUUCCAAUGUUCCUGUGGAAAUGGUUAUAGUUUGGGCAGCGAUGGAUUUGUUUGUGAUGAGGUUAGUAUGGACUGUGUAAGGAUAUUUACUUGGGGGUUUGCGAUAAUCCAUUGUUUUCAUCCUGUAGACGUUAACGAGUGUUCAUCUGCGAAUGGAGGUUGUGGGCAGAUUUGCAACAAUAUGAUCGGAAGUUUCUAUUGCUCUUGCGGAGAUGGCUACGGCUUGAAUGGCGAUGGUUUUGCUUGUGAUGCUUUGCGACCGCAUCCUUCCCUCUCUAGCAAACCUGUCAGUGAGAUGUAG